GAACACACGCGCGCGCAACAAUGUCCUUCUUCAAGACACCAGAGUGAGUGCGUGCGUCCUCUGUGGACUGUGUGGAGGAGGAGGAGGAAGUCAGUCACGCAUUUUCUCGGCCAGUCUCAUGUUGUGCGGUACCGUGGGAAGCUACAGGCAGAGGUUGAUGCGCACCUCCUGGAGUCGCUCUCAUCUCCGACAGGUGCGCGGCUGUGCGCAACGGGAACUUGCGGCCGCGGCGCAAAGAGAGUACAUUUCCCGUGCCAGACGGGCGACCUGGGUCCGCGUCCGGCUCCCUGGACUGAACGCCGAUUUCGUCUAACAUGAGGACUCGGGACAACAGAGAGCCGUAAACAUGAGGAGGAGCAGACACCGCGCAAACAUGGGACUUCCUGUGCUCUUCACAUGGCUCGUAUUCACAGCGGUGGUGCCCGCCUGGCUGCUCGCCGCGCCGCCGCCGAGCGGCAUCCGCGAGCGCCCCUGUCCCCAGAGCUGCAGAUGCGACGGGAAGAUAAUCUACUGCGAGUCCAACGCCUUCCGCGACGUGCCGAGCAACGUGUCUGUGAGCACGCAGGGCCUCUCCCUGCGUUACAACAGCCUGGCGAACCUGCGAAGCCACCAGUUCGCGGGGCUGAGUCAACUCGUUUGGCUCUACCUCGACCAUAAUUACAUCAACGCCGUGGACGGACAGGCGUUCCAUGGGAUACGGAGGCUCAAAGAAUUAAUUCUGAGCUCCAAUAAGAUCACAAAGCUGGAAAACAAUACUUUCCAUGACAUUCCCAAUUUGCGCAACCUUGACCUGUCCUACAAUAAACUGCAGGUCCUCCAGCCGUAUCAGUUCCUCGGUCUACGGAAACUGCUCAGUUUACACUUGAGGUCAAACUCCUUAAAAACCAUUCCGAUGCGAGUUUUCCUCGACUGUCGUAACCUGGAGUUCCUGGACAUCGGCUACAACAGGCUACGGAGCCUCACGCGCAACGCUUUUGCCGGCCUUCUGAAGCUCAUCGAGCUUCAUUUGGAGCACAACCAGUUCUCGAAGAUCAACUUUGCUCAUUUCCCCCGCCUGACGAACCUGAGGGCGCUCUAUUUGCAGUGGAACCGUAUCAAAGUGCUGACCCAGGGCCUGCCGUGGAUGUGGACCUCCUUGCAAAAGCUGGAUCUAUCGGGGAAUGACCUCCAAGUGCUGGACCCAAGUACAUUCCAAUGCCUCCCAAAUCUCCAGACACUUAAUCUGGACUCGAACAAACUCAGCAAUGUGUCUCAGCAGACGGCGGAGGCUUGGAUCUCCCUCACCACCAUCAGUCUGGCUGGUAAUUUGUGGUACUGUAACCCCAACAUAUGUCCUCUGGUGGCUUGGCUUAAGGCCUUCAAGGGUAACAAGGAGUCGACUAUGAUUUGUGCCGGCCCUAAGGAGGCGCAGGGAGAGAAAGUGACUGAUGUCGUGGAGUCGUAUAACAUCUGCACUGCAACGCCGUCGCCCGUCUCCUCCACAAAAUCACCCCUGACGACGACUACGUUUCAGCCGGAGCUGCUGCUGCCUCUCCCCACAAAGCCUGUGGUGGAUAUGGAUACGAAGCUGAUCUGGAACAGGACCGUCUCCCCAACUCCGACCUCAGCGGUGGCACCCACCGUCCCCUUGCCGGACACGGAGUAUGUGUCCUUCCAUAAGAUCAUAGCUGGUAGCGUGGCCCUCCUCUUAUCCGUGGCCAUUAUUCUCCUGGUCAUCUACGUCUCAUGGAAGCGCUAUCCCAGCAGCAUCAAGCAGCUCCAGCAGCGCUCGGCUGUUAAAAAGCGCCAGAAAAAGGCACGGGAGACCGAGCGCUCGCUCAAUUCGCCACUGCAAGAGUACUAUGUGGACUACAAGCCUUCACACUCAGAGACUAUGGAUGUGCUGGUUAAUGGGACAGGACCUUACACAUACACCAUCUCAGGCUCCAGGGAAUGCGAGAUUCCACAGCAGCUGAGUGCCCUGGCGUUGUACAGGUGUGAGCGGUCGGUUCUGGAUUACAACCUGUCGCUGCAGCUCAACGUGGGCAUGGAGCCUCACACUCAGGCACUGGGAGGCCCCACACCGGCCGGGUGCCGCCCAGGCCUAAUAGCUGCCCUCCCCUCCGAGCCUGUGCUGCCUUGCCCCCAGACCAACUCCCUCCACCAGUGAACUGUGCACACUGGGUCCAAAAAUACUGUACGUCUAUACGACCUAUUGAAAAUGAAACACACGGCUGUGUGGGAAGGGAACUGGGAGUGGAACAGAAGCAAAGGAGACAAUUAAUCCUGGAAACCAGGGUAAUGAAAACGAAAACACGUGUCAGUGGAAAUAAAAGGGGGUACAUCGGUACUGAUUAGUGAGCCUCUGACCUACCUGACCCUCAAUGUCCUCAAUUAAGACGGAGGCUGAACAGAAGCAUGACUCCCCA